ACAUAACCAGAUGCUACCGGUGAUCGCCAUGGCAGCAACGAAGAAGCUCUCAUCUCUAUUCCCUUUGUUCUCUCUCCUCUGCUUCAUCUCCAUCUUCUUCCUCCUCUCCCUCUCCAGAAGGGCAUCCAUUUCCUCACCUCCAAAACAAUCCCGAGACUUCCAAAUUGCCAGCAACGGUAGCUAUGGUGUUAAUAAUGUUGGUUCAGGCUCUGGAUGCGACUACUCAGACGGGUCGUGGAUCUACGACCCGGAUGCCAGAUUCGAGAGGUACGAUAGCAGCUGCAAGGAGAUAUUCAAAGGAUGGAACUGUGGAUUGAACAACAAAUCCAACGCUAAAGAGAUCGUCAAGUGGCGCUGGAUCCCCAGAAACUCUCCUCUCCCACAAUUGGAUCCGCUUAAGUUUCUGGAGGCCUAUAGGGAUAUUAACAUUGGUAUUCUCUCACCUGGGCCUUGUUUAGCCUUACGAAUGUUUAGCAGUGCAGGGUUCAUUGGCGAUUCCUUGAAUAGGAAUAUGUUUGUUUCUUUAUUCUGCACUCUGGAACGGGUGUCGAGUGAAGUGAAGAAGUGGCGUCUUGUUGGGGCUGAUCGGGGGUUUACGUUUCUUCAGUAUAAUCUCACCAUUGCAUAUCAUCGAACCAAUCUUUUGGUACGUUACGGUAGGUGGUCAGCUAGUGAUAAUGGUGGAGAAGUGGAAAAUCUUGGAUUCAAAGAGGGUUAUAGAGUUGAUAUUGAUGUUCCAGCAGGCACAUGGGCAAGAGCACCAAGCUUCCAUGAUAUUCUAAUCUUCAACACAGGACACUGGUAGUCUUAUCAUCUGUUUAAAUAUGUUGUUUGCUGUUAAUGAUCUCCAGGGAUAUUGACCUGCUUUAUUUUUAUUGCUAUUCAAUGAUACCAAAUGCUAUGUGAUGUAUGGAUGUCACUGCUUGGUCAGUUGAAGCCCAUAGAUCCUGGUGGAUGGUCUAUGGAGCUUUUCUCCUUUGGUAUUGCAUGGCAUGUUACAUUUGGAACUGUGGAAGUGAUUUGAGAAGUUUCUUGUGCCUCAUGAAAGUAUUUAGCUUCUAGCUGCCUGAUGGUUCUAUGUUGAUGUGUGUAAUAAAUAAAUAUAUUUUCC